GAAGGCAGAGGCCAGGAGGGUGCUGGCCUGUGGAGAUCUAGGCCUGCCCGUGUGAGGAUGUGGGAGUGGGCCAGGGAGAGGAAGUAGGGGCCGUGACCUCGCUUUCAGACCCCUUCCCGGGCGCCCACCCUCAGCGCACCUCCUCCCCACGCUCCUCCUCUGGGAUUUCACUGCUCAGAGGAAGCGCCCAGGCCACCACCCACCUGCGCCAGGUGCCGCCCACACGCCAGGGCCACGCUUUGGGAGCGAAAUCAUGGAGUCUUCCAAGAUCUUCAUGAGACAGCUGCCAGUCACCUCAGGCUACAGUGGCUUCGUGCCCUACCUUAGCUGCCAGGCAUCCACCAGCAAGGACGACGUGUCCCACUGCCUGACACUCUUCCAGGAGAGCACACAGCGAUAUAAAAGCCAGCUGGAGGAACUGCGCUGCUCGGUGGCCACUGCGCGGAAACUGAAACCCGUCUGCUCGGAAGACACAGUCCUUCGGGCCCUGCACCAGUACAACCGGCAGUACCACCCGCUGACUUUGGAAUGCAAACACAUAAAGAAACCUCUCCAGGAGCCCCCAAUCCCUGGCUGGGCUGGCUACCUCCCCAGGGCCAGGGUCACUGAAUUAGGCUGCGCCACACGGUACACCGUCAUGGCCAGAAACUGCUACAGAGACUUCCUGGACAUCACGGAGCAGGCCAGGAAGGCACGGCUGAAGCCAUAUGAGCAAAUAUAUGGAGUCGGGUCCACACAACCUCCUGCUCCUUCUCCAAAUGUUUUGCAGCACAAAGGGCUGCUGCUAAAAUAUCCGGAAUUUUCUAUCCCAGGUAGUAGCUAUCCUGCCUGCGGAAGACCCCCGACGGAGGACCCCAGGCCUCCAGUGACGUGUGGCUGUGCCCAGAGAUCAAAUAUGUCCUACAACGGGAAGAUUUAUCUAGAGCCAUUGUCCUCAGCAAAGUAUGCAGAAAUCUGAUGCAGACAGCCUCUCAAGGAGAGCUGAACUUAAAGGGGGCGACUCAAACGUUCACCAUUCUUACGUGAGAACCAGGCCCGGACCCUCACCCAACAGGCACUACGGAACUUGCAAAACCUAAGAAUCCUUUCGACUGCCACCUGCAUCCUGUUUGGCCAUAGCAUGUCAUUAAUGAUAAAGACCUUUUGUUGCUGUGUGAGAUUAAAGAGGAUGCUUCUCAGCA